AUGCAUGUUUGUUUGAGAUCUAUGCCGUCCGCUGCAAAAACUAAAAGUGGAAGGAUAUUCCGCGCACCUACAGAUCAGGCGAGAAAGCUUGAACGAAGGCGUGAGAAUAAAAAGAAUAAGCGCGAUCGACAACAGAUCCGUCAAACUAUCGCUAAAUGCUACGAUGUCGAUGAUUCUACCACCAAAAUGCUCGCAAUUGAAAGGCAAAUUCUUGGUCUUGAUAAACCCCAGUUCCACAUCGACGUUCUUAGGAAGAAACAGCGGACGAUCAUGGACAUGGUGAACAAAAGGCGUUCUGUGCUCCAAACGCUGAAGGACGAGAAAGAACUCAAGGAAUUGAAUGAAAAGCUCCAGCAUUACUACUCAGACUGCAAAAAGCUGCAGGCUCUUGCUGAGCAAGAACGACUUGCUCGCAAUGCUGACGUUAACUUUAUCCCGCUGCCUGAAGGAGAACAGGCUGAAGGUGAGUUGCGUAGGGUGCAGAUCAUGGGUCCACAACCUUCAGCUCCUGUCAAGAAAAAAGUCGAGUUCAAGUUGCCGAGAGGUGGACCUCGACGUCAAGGCAUUCGUCCGCCUGGUCCUCCAUGUGGGCUUCCUCCAGAACUUAGUGAUAGCGAAGGAGAAGGUGAUGAACACGACCCAUAUCAUGUCCCAUUACCAGCCGAUGAUGAUCUAGCCCCAGUAAUUAUUCCUGAUUUUGAUGCACCGAACAAGUUCCCUAAAUUUCCUCCAAUCAUGCCUUUACGCCAACCUCCUGGUCCUCCUCCUCCUGGUCCUGUUCCCCCAAGGUUCAAUCCUAUGGGGAUUCCAAUGCCUCCACUGCCUGUUGCAUCAAAUGAUGGAGGUGCUGUUAUUUCAUCAGCUCCUGUUAUCCGCCGUGAUAGAGAACAACCGGUCAUUGGUCCUCAAGCGCCAACAGUAGUUUCAGCCGCUCCGCAGCUGAGAAAUUUGCGCAAAGAAACAGUGAAGCUUGUACCUGUUGUGCUCAAGCGCAAACCUGCAGGUGUUCGUCCUAAACCUGCUAUUCGGCGGCCACAGACAGAAGCAACACAGCAGGCGAAGACUACCGACGAAGCCUAUAAUGAAUUCAUGAAAGAGUUAGCAGAUCUCAUUUGA